AUGAAUUAGAUGAAUGAAGAGUUUUAGUAAAAAUUUUAGCAGUUACUCUAAUUAAAGGAUAUAUAUAACACUCGAGAAGUUUUGCCAUUAAGAAUGCAAAGAUUGAAGCUUUUUGAUAUAAAUUUCUAAUUAAAGCAAAUCCGUCACCAAUAAUAAAAGAGAUUAGAUCAAAUUAUAAAUAGUUCUAUCAAGUCCUAACCUUCUUAGCAGAUUGAAACUUCUUAAGAUACUGUUACAAAAUAGUUUAGCAGUUAAAUUAUAGUAGAUUAAUAAAAUAUUUGUUUGAGUUGUGAUAAAUAUAUUUUUGAAAAGAGAGUUGAAUUAUUUUGUCAAAAUAAAUUUCAUCACAGUUAUCAUUCAACAUGUUUGGCGACCAUCAUGAAGAAUUAAUUAAAGUUAGAAUGCAUUUAUUUUUAUUGUUUAUGUAAAAGUUAAAUUAAAAUUGGAUAAAUAUUCAAACAACGGGCUGUCGAUUUGGAAGUGUAUGUAAAUAAACUAAUGGAAAAUUAACUAAAUUAUAUGAAAAAAAGCUUACCAAAUAUAAAAUUAUGUGCUAAUAAAGAUUGUGAUUUUUUUUGGGUUUGUAAAAACUCAGGAAAAAUAAGAAGUUAGUCUUAUAAAACUUCUUAAUCCCCCUUGAAAAUAUAUAGGAUUAGUUAUGUUAAUUAUUGUCCUACUUGUAGAUUUUAAUGA